GCAGAAGCUAUUUAGUAGUGAUGAUGAUAAGGAGAAGCAGAGAUAUGAACUAUUAGAACUGAUAUAAUUUAAAUCAUAUCACUGCAGCCUGUUAGAAGCAUUAAAGUAAUUAGAGUCGUUGAGUGAAGUCGAGCUCUUCAAAGUACCAAGAAAAAAAUAUGUCAUCGAUUAUCGAGCAAUCAACUUUAUCAACACCGUCUGUGACUAAUUUUGAUGUGAACACAUUAACUGAGUCACUAAAGUACUUUGGUACAGCUGAUUAUGCUGUUUUUGUGGCAAUGUUGGCAUGCUCAACACUCGUGGGUCUCUAUUUUGGGUAUAAAGACCAUCUGACCAAAAAGAAGAAUAAGAAGCUAGGACUUCAAACAAGUGCUGAUGAUUAUUUAGUUGGUGGACGAAAAAUGAAAGUUGUUCCGAUUGCAUUGUCACUUGUGGCUUCAUAUGCGUCUGGAAUCACUCUGUUGGGUACAAGCACUGAAAUUUAUCUUUAUGGCACUCAAUAUUGUUUCUUUCUUUUCGCAAUUGUCUGUUCCGCAUUUAUUAUCCAUUUUAUUGUCAUUCCUGUAUUUUAUGAACUCAAGAUAACAUCAACAAAUGAGUACUUGGAAGCGCGGUUCAACAAGAAAUUGAGGGUAAUGGGAUCAGUAUCGUUUUUGGUUGCGAUCAUUCUUUAUUUGCCAAUUGUAAUUUACGUCCCAGCUCUGGCAUUCAAUCAGUUUACCGGAAUCAAUAUCCAUGUCAUCACACCAAUUUCGAUGUUUAUUUGCAUUUUCUAUACAUCCUUGGGAGGAAUUAAAGCUGUUGUAUGGACAGAUGUGCUACAAAUUACUCUAAUGUAUGGAACAUUGCUGCUGAUUGCAAUUAAGGGAACAUUGAGUAUUGGAGGUCUUGGAGUUUUAAUAGAAAGAAAUAUCGAUGGAGGCCGCUUUGAAUCAGCCGACUUCCGAAUAGAUCCAACCCUACGUCAUACAUUUUGGACAUUAACAAUCGGUGGAACAAUCUGGUGGACCUCAAUUAAUGGAACUAGUCAAGCAUCAAUUCAACGUUACUUGUCAGUCAAAAAUCUUAAAAAUUCACAAAAGACUCACAUUCUUUUUACAAUUGGUGUGAUUGUAUUAAUAUCAUUGUGCAUCUACAAUGGCUUGCUGUUAUUUGCAAUGUAUCAUGACUGUGAUCCUCUGACGACAAAAUUAGCAAAAGCAAAGGAUCAAUUACUUCCAUUGCUGGCUAUGGAGACUUUAAAAGACUAUCCAGGAUUGUCAGGACUUUUUAUUUCUGGAGUAUUUUCAGCAGCUUUAAGUUCAGCAUCGACUGUAUUAAAUUCUAUGGCUGCUGUUGUUCUAUAUGACGUUUUCAACGCCUUCAGAUCCACACCACUUUCAAAACGAGGAACUGAAAUUGUUAUGCGUGGAACUGUUAUUAUUGCUGGAAUAGUUUCUGUUUUGCUCGUUUAUGUGGUUGAAAAUCUCGGUGCAGUUCUGCAACUUUCAAUGAGUAUUCCACCUGCUGUUGGUGGUCCAAUGCUUGGUGUCUUCAUCAUUGGAAUCAUGUUGCCAUGGAUUGGUGCUCGAGCUACUUUUUAUGCCACAAUAUGCAGUUGUGUUGUCACAUUUUCGAUCAUUAUGAAAGCACAAAUUGAAAUUAUGUCUAAAAGAUUUAAUUUUCCAUCAAAGGAAACGUCAGUUGAUGGCUGUUCUUAUAACUUUACAUUCAAUCCUCCAGAAAUACAUGAGACAAUUAAGGCUGACUACGAACAAAACCAAAUUUACCAUAUAUCAUAUUUAUACUACAUUUUAGUAGGAUCAACGCUUGUGAUUAUUAUAUCAGUAAUAUUAAGCUUGUUUAUGGGUUUUCAAGAUCCAAGAUCUGUUGAUCGAAAGCUUAUUGCACCAUUCAUGAGACGACAUAUCCAUUUUGAACCGGUUUCCACAGAAGAAACAAAGGAUGAGGAUGAAACAGUUGUAAAAGUUUAUGAAAAACAAGUUUUUGAUACACAAAAGACUUAGAAAUAGACAAAUGCACUAUCCUAUAGAAUAUCUCAUGCACUAGCUAUACAUACCCUAUCUUUAACUAUGGUAUUUCACUCCCUAGACAAAACAAUCAAUAUGAUUCAGUAAAAUUCUCCAAUAAUCUGGGAAAAACUUCAAAAACUGAACCCAGGCUUAAUCAUCCUAAUUUAUUUAUAAAAGAUAUAUUUUCC